ACCCAUAAAAUUGAAUUUUUUUUCUCACAUUGCUGGUGGGUCGAUUUGGGUGGUACAAUUGGGUCAGUUUUCGGUUUGAUUUGUUCACCAGUACAUUGCAAGGUUGUCAAAACCGCUUUAUACUGUUGCGCCGGUUUAGCAAGUAGAAUGGUACUUCCAGUAGUACAACCCGUUUGUGUCGGUUUACGCCGAGUUAAUAGAUUACAACUUACAAAUAAAAUAAUAAAUACUCAUAUUUAAAAUAUUUAACGUCAAUAUCUAAACGUUUAUAUCUGAAUCCAACAAAUUACAUCAACUUUUAAUUGUUACAUUCAUAAAACAUAUACUAAAUUUAUUUUUUAUUCAUCAUACCUAGGGGUGGAAGUUUGGGUUGCGGGUUGUGGAUAAUCCGCAAACCGCACCAACCCGCACCUAUUGUGGGUAAUCAUACCCACAAGUUGUGGGUAGUGGGUUGGGUGUGGGUAGUAAAAUAACGAUUUUUGUGGUUAGUGGUUAUCCACUACCCACCGCGGUUAACCCACAAAAUUCACAAUAACCACACUAAUUAUAUAUAUUUAGUGAAUUAACUUUAUAAUAUAAUAGUAUGUGAAAAGUGCGAGGAUAAAAAUUAAAGUAGCCACCAAAUAAAAAGGCACACUAAUCAGUUUUAUGUAAUAAUUUUUUUAGUUUAUAAAACUCUAUAAUCGAUAAAGUGGAGAAUAACAAAUUCAUUAAAAGUGAACACCUUUUAUAACUUUUAUUAGUAUGUUUUUGCUUUUGUGUGAGAAAAAUACAAGAUCAUAUUUAAUUGUCAUAUUUCACCCCUAGUCGGGAAAAUAUGAAAUCACAGCUCUCUGACACAAAAGUUGAAUACUAAACUCAAAAAGAAAAAAUCUCUACGUUGAGUAAGAUCGAUGUACAAAAUUGUAUCUCCACGAACAACACAAGUGUAUAUCACUAUAGUCUAGUUACGAACAACAAAUAUGUUAGUGACGACUAGAACUCUAUGCUUGUAAAAUAUGGAGCGGGUAACCACACCCACCCCAAUUUCCACCCCUAAUCAUAACAAUGAUAUUAUGCCGGUUAAUAACCGACACUGAUUGAAUCAGGUUUAACCAAUUGACAUGCCAUGACAACUGACAACCGUGCUCUACUCUAACGGGUCCUACUUUUGAAGAAAUCGAAAUGCCCACGAGCCCUCGAAAGUGGUGGGCAAAUGUCACUGCAUAAGAGCGUGAAUGUAACGCGAAUAAAUUCCAGCCCUUCUUCUCUCCGGAGCAGGGCCCACAGCUCGACAAAACAAUUAUCUCUUUCUUCUGCGCUCUCCUCUCUAUAUCAAUUGCUAUUCAUUAUUUCUACCGCCAGAGUGACAGCGCUGGGAGUGAUAGAGUUCGGCGUUUCGCUUCCGGAAGUCAGAGAGGAGAUCCGACGGUUGACGGGAGAAGGAGGGAGAGGGAGAUAAAGAGAUAUGUCGGCCACCGGCGGCGGAGGCGGCGGCGGGCAGGAGGAAGACAAGAAGCCCGGGGAUCAGGGAGGUCACAUCAACCUCAAAGUCAAGGGCCAGGAUGGGAACGAGGUGUUCUUCAGGAUCAAGCGCAGCACCCAGCUUCGCAAAUUGAUGACAGCAUACUGCGAUAGACAGUCGGUGGACCUGAACUCGAUUGCAUUCUUGUUCGAUGGUCGUAGGCUUCGUGUUGAUCAGACCCCAGACGAGCUUGAAAUGGAAGAUGGAGAUGAAAUUGAUGCCAUGCUGCACCAGACAGGUGGCUUCCUUGGAUGUCGUUAACUUCUAUGUAGUAGUAGUAGUAGUGAUGGACGGGGGAUGUUAUUUGCCUUUGCUUAAUCUGAACUCUACUGUGAAAGAGUGAGAGAGCUUAUGGACAGAAGCUGGAAGUUUGAUUCUGUUCUAACAAUACAGGCACUCUGCAUUUUGUACUUGUUUCAAAUAGUCCUGUAGUUAAACUUCUAUUUCCGAUGUUUGGCUAUGCUUUCUAUCUGGUUGGGACUCGGCUGUCAUCUUGUGAUGUGCCUAAACUGGUCUAAUUGAGAAUAAGAUAGCUAAUGUUGCUGGAAAUUGAAAGGAAUUGGAUAUUUAGGGUUUUGGGUAGGUUAGAAGAGGAAUAAUCGCCACACCAGCCGGUGAUAAGGUUCGGGGCAAGGCGCCACAAUCAAGGUGUUGAUAAGGCUAAGAAAUCACAAGGAAAUAUUUCUUGCAACUCUUGAAAAUUUUUAUUGAAAUCUAAAUAGAGGCUAACUCAAAAGAAAACACUUCCUUCUACACUUAGUAAACUGAAAAGUACUUACCGAAACAAACAAAUAAAGCAAAUAUAAUAAAAAGACUUCUAAUCCAACAUGGACAACAAUUACACAUCUUCUAGAAAUUCUUCAUCUUCUACAAAUUCUUAUUAGACAGAGAUAGUUAUAGGAGAUCCCCAUUUCUGAAAUCCAGCAUCUUCCUUACGGUUUCAUAACUCUUUGAGAGCGUCUUUGAUAACAUAAGCAAGAUGUCUAAGUCUGGUCCGAGUAAGUGGACCAUCAAUGACAUCCCUUGGAUCAAUAUUGAGUAUAUUCUCAUCUAGAUUUCCAUCAUCCCACCCCCCCCCCAGGGAUGGCAAUGGGUCGGGUUGGGUCGGGUUUUGCCAAACCCAAACCCAAACCCAUUGGUUUAUCCGUGAAAAAAACCCGGGGUAAAACCCACUGGGUUUGAAAAACUCAAACCCAACCCAACCCGCUGGGUAUCCGCGGGUUCAUGGGUACCCACGGGUUUUUGUCGUAAAAAAUUUACAAUAACAUGUUCCUAUCAAAAUUAAAGUCAAAUAUCAAUCUCUCAAUACAAAUUAUCCAUAUUU